ACUUGCGCGGAUUGGUGCUGUACUGAGCUGAUGCCCAGUCUUAUGGCUGAGCUGAAAGAUGCCUUCCGGUAGGUCUGCAGUGGUUCAUGCCAGGAGACUUCAGCUCUGGACAAAGCCCCGGUGAAGCAGCUGGUAUAAAUACUGGUCAACAAGAAACCCUCUAGAGUGUCUACAUCAUGUCACUCCCAACACACCAAGCUUACAUCCAUAGCGGAGACUGGGACGAGGAGACCCGCCGCCACCCCGCCAUGAAAUGGAUGGAAGACUAUACCAAAAACCUCAAUGCGCACGGAGGUUGGGAAAAGGAUACCUACGACUGGCACAGCUCGGAUUUCACCCUCGUCAAGUCCGACGGAUCGACGUACACUGGCGCUGGUGGCGAGUGUUUCGAGCAAGUGAAGGGCAUGUAUGCUCCAUUCACCAAGGAAUAUCAUGAGCCAAUCUUGAUCGCCUGCUGGGAGACCAAGGAUGGGUGGCAGGCGCUUGCGCAGGCAAACUUUUUUGCAAAUUGCCAGGGCGAAGCCAAAUCAGGCGAGAAGAAGGUCAAGGAUGGCCAGGGACGGGAGUGGGAUGUCAAGAUACCUGGGGCAUUCCGUUUCGAUUAUCUGAAGAAGGAGGGAGCUGCUCAUGGGGGUAUUGAGUUUGGGAGAGCGGAGAUUGUGGUUGAUUCUUUGCCUGCUGUUCAGAUUUUGAUGGCGAGAGGGAUCAAGAUGUAACUUGCUAAAUGCUGUUGGUAGCA